GCGAUGUUUGACGGUUAAGCGCUCCUGCAGAAAAAGGACUUGACACACAUGUCAACAAAUAAGAUAAAUUAAUACUAGCUAGCAACACAGGCAUGCCAAGGUGUGCCAGUGUAGAAUAGGCUGACCCCUCGCUGCACCUAUAGGUCCUCUGCCUUCUCCAUGACCACCCCUCCCAUAGUGGCGUUCGCCGGGCAGCAGGCUCAGGCUGCCCGUGAUGUCAACACGGCGUCGCUCUGUCGCAUCGGCCAGGAGACGGUGCAGGAUAUCGUCUUACGCACCAUGGAGAUCUUCCAGCUGUUGAGGAACAUGCAGCUGCCAAAUGGAGUGACGUACCACCCCAGCACCCACCAGGACAGGCUGGGCAAACUGCAGGAGCACCUGCGUAUGCUCUCUGUACUCUUCCGCAAGCUGCGCCUCGUCUACGACAAAUGUAACGAAAACUGCACCGGUCUGGACCCCGUACCCCCAGAGCAACUCAUCCCCUACGUGGAGGACGACAGCUCCAAACACGAUGAACGCUUGGCCAGCCAGGCCCGCCCAGCAACAGAGGAGAGGAGAGAAAUCCUGGAGGUUAACAAGAAGCUCAAACAGAAGAACCAACAGCUGAAGCAGAUAAUGGACCAGCUCAGAAACCUCAUCUGGGAGAUAAACUCCAUGCUGGCUGUUAGGAGUUGAACGGCAAACACGGUGACACAGAGAGAGAGACACACAGGCGCAGGCGCGCAUACACACACACACACACACACACACACACACACACACACACACACACACACACACACACACACACACACACACACACACACACACACACACACACACACACACACACACACACACACACACACACACACACACACACACCACAGACUGGAAGACAUGGUUGUUAGCUGGAUAUCUGACAGGGUCCCUCUGAGGCUGAUGCUGAUGCUGCACUUUAGAAAUGCAGGCUUUUGCAAUAUACCACCCUCAGUCCCAGAAAAAGAGGGUGAAGAAAGCAAAGAAGAACGAAGAGAAGUUGUGCGAUGGAGAAAUGCUGAUACACACUCACCGUACAGUUUAUUAGGUACACCCAUUUAGUAACAGGUCGGACCCUCCUUUGCCUCCAGAACAGCCUGAAUUCUUUGGCGUAUUCUACAAGUUGUCUGGAAACGUUUCACAGGGAUGUUGGUACAUGCUGACGCGAUGGCAUCAUGCAGUUGCUGCUGAUUGAAUGGCGGUACAUUCAUUGUACAUAAUAAACUGUCCGAUGAGUGUACCGUAAUUUCCGGACUAUAAGCCGCUACUUUAUUCCCACGCUUUGAACCUCGCGGUUUAUACAAUGACGCGGCUUAUUUAUGGAAUUUUCCGCUUUCACAAGAUUCAUGCCGCCAAAAAACUGAGCACCGUCACAUAAUGUGAUGUAAAUCGAGCGCGCUCAAACUUCCCAUCAUUCUGAUUACGGUAGUAAUUUUGUCACCCUCAUCAUGGCAAAGACACAGAGAAAUGCAUAUGAUGCAGCUUUCAAGUUGAAGGUGAUCGAUCUGGCUGUUGGAAAAGGAAAUAGAGCUGCUGCACGGGAGCUUGGCCUUAAUGAGUCAAUGAUAAGACGUUGGAAACAGCAGCGUGAGGAACUGACUCAAUGCAAAAAGACAACAAAAGCUUUCAGAGGGAAGAAAAGCAGAUGGCCCAAAGUAUUUGCAGCCACUCGACAUCAGUGUAAAUCGUGCAUUUAAGGUGGCGCUACGUGUUCAGUGGGAGGCUUGGACGACAAGUUGGGAGAAAUCCUUCACUAAAACGGGCCGCAGGCGAAUAGCAUCUUAUGGCCAAGUCUGCCAGUGGGUCCUGACAGCGUGGAGCAUUGUCAAAAAAUCCACUAUCAUCAAUGGGUUUCGAAAGGCUGGACUGCUGCGUGUUGAAGGGGCAGCAUGAGCUCAGCGGGGUAUUUGCCUCCGGAUGAAAGUGACGAGAGCGACAAUGAAAACGAUCCAACAUCGGAUGAAGCAAUUCUGAGGCUAUUCAACUCCGACACCGAAGGAGAUGACUUCAGUGGUUUCAGUGCACAGGAGGAGGAAGAUAGUGACCAAGUUCAUUUGUUUCAAUGUACCGGUAGGCACCUGCGGCUUAUAGACGUGCGGCUUAUUUAUGUACAAAAUACAUAUUUUUUAAUAAUUCAGUGGGUGCGGUUUAUAUUCAGGUGUGCUUACAAUAUGGUUAUUAAGAGGACUUUCAGAGUUAUAGUUUAUUUAAUAUACUAAGAUAUUUGACAAAUACUACAUUUACCCAUUUAGAGUGGUUUUGAAGUUCGAUUUCCUUCAAGAUGUGUUUGUACAUUCCUAAACCAUUUUAACUCAAAUGAUAUACAUGAUGACAUGUUUGUGGUGAAGAAGAGCACAGAUCUGUGCAAAAAUACCAUAAAAAAAAUCAUAAGGCACAUUGCUGAAAAAAAGUUUUAAAUUAAAUCACUGCUAGCUAGAUUGAGGUCUCCAGUCCCCCCCCCCCCUCCACAUAGAUCUGUUCUCUUUUGCACCAAGAACAUGGUACAGUGUUGUGAAACGAAAGAGGUUUGUGCUUUUGCUUUUUGCGUGUGGUUGGCUGCUUGAUGUUGACGUGUCAAUUUAGUAUCUUCUGGACUUUAUCAUUAUCACAAUGUCUGGUUAACUUUAGGAAUUCUAUGGCACUAUAAAUCCUGCUGUGAUUUA